UUCCUCGGUGCUAGUCCGGGCUAUUGUUGUGUGUCUUUCAGGGCAACCCUGACCUAUCAGCAGGCGGUGAUUUGUGGAUAUUUUAACUGUUUUGCUUAGCUCUUACUCCGCCAUAUUAAGCAGUCUUUAUCGGUUGGGGGUGCGUUUUCAUUUUAGCGCAAUUUAAAGGAUCCCGGCGGAGGACUUUGGGUUGCAGAAGUAGUAAAUCGGUAUGGGACAGACCGAAGACUGAGAUUGUACGGUUAAAGACUGCUUGGUCGGCACUUCUUUGGAUUUCCUACGUAAAAAUACAAAACGAGGGGGAGCAAACAUCACAGGACGCAUGUAGCCGAAGAAAAACACUGCAAAGGUUGCUUUUAAGGGUGAAGGCUGCAGCCUAUCCCAGCUGUCACUGGAUAUAUGACAUUACAUAUAGGGACCAACAACCAGGCUUGACGAUGGGUUGUGUCAGGAGUAAAGAGGACAAGGGCCCGGCUCUGAAGUACCGACCCGACAACCCCAAUGCCACACCGAUCAACGCCCACCUGGGCCACUAUGGGCCGGACCCCACGCUGAUGGGUCACUCACCUGCUAUGAAGACACACAACAACAGCUACAACAGCCACAGCGCUGGCCUCACUCCGUUUGGUGGAGCGUCAUCUGUCAUGACGCCGUUCGGAGGGGCCUCCACCUCCUUCACGUCCGUGGCUGUGAGCAGCCCAUUCCCCGGCGUCAUCCAAGGCGGUGUAACAUUUUUUGUAGCACUGUAUGACUAUGAGGCGAGGACGUCAGAUGAUCUAUCGUUCAAAAAAGGAGAUCGCUUCCAGAUUAUCAACAACACUGAAGGUGACUGGUGGGAGGCUCGUUCCAUCAACACCGGACAGAAAGGUUACAUCCCCAGUAACUACGUGGCUCCAGCUGACUCCAUACAGGCUGAAGAAUGGUACUUUGGUAAAAUGGGCCGCAAAGAUGCUGAGCGUCUAUUAUUGCUUCCAGGGAAUCAGCGGGGCACUUUCUUGGCACGAGAGAGCGAGACAACAAAAGGUGCCUACUCUCUGUCAAUCCGGGACUGGGAUGAGGUGAAGGGAGACAACGUCAAACACUACAAGAUCCGCAAGUUGGACAGUGGCGGUUAUUACAUCACCACUCGGGCCCAGUUUGACACACUGCAGAAGCUGGUGAAACACUACACAGAACAUGCUGACGGUCUGUGCCACCGGCUGACGACAGUGUGUCCGACAGUGAAGCCUCAGACUCAGGGGCUUGCUAAGGACGCCUGGGAAAUCCCACGAGAGUCUCUCAGACUGGAGGUUAAACUGGGACAGGGCUGCUUCGGAGAAGUCUGGAUGGGCACAUGGAACGGCACGACUAAGGUGGCCAUAAAGACCCUGAAGCCAGGCACUAUGUCCCCAGAGGCUUUCCUACAGGAGGCUCAAAUUAUGAAGAAACUCCGACACGACAAACUGGUGCCUCUUUAUGCGGUGGUGUCUGAGGAGCCCAUUUACAUCGUCACAGAAUUCAUGGGAAAAGGUAGUUUAUUGGACUUCCUGAAGGAGGGAGACGGUAAAUAUCUGAAGCUACCCCAGCUGGUGGACAUGGCUGCACAGAUUGCUGACGGCAUGGCCUUCAUCGAGAGGAUGAACUACAUCCACAGGGACCUGAGAGCCGCCAACAUCCUGGUGGCUGAUAACCUGGUGUGCAAGAUCGCUGACUUUGGCCUUGCUCGGCUCAUCGAGGACAAUGAAUACACAGCCAGACAAGGUGCAAAAUUCCCCAUCAAAUGGACAGCUCCUGAGGCUGCUUUGUAUGGCCGCUUCACCAUCAAAUCAGACGUCUGGUCGUUUGGUAUACUACUGACUGAACUGGUGACCAAGGGCAGAGUACCAUACCCAGGUAUGGUGAAUCGGGAGGUUCUAGAGCAAGUAGAACGAGGUUACCGCAUGCCGUGCCCCCAGGGGUGCCCUGAGUCCCUGCAUGAGAUGAUGAGGCAGUGCUGGAAGAAGGAGCCUGAUGAGAGACCCACCUUUGAAUACAUCCAGUCGUUUUUGGAAGACUACUUCACAGCCACGGAGCCACAGUACCAGCCAGGGGACAACCUGUAAUGUGGGCCUGUUUUGCUUUAAACUCUGGCAUCUUUCAGAUCAAAACUUGGGAAAAUGGAGAUCUUCAAAGGGGAGAAGCCUUGAUGAGGCUGCAAAGAGAGAAAGCUACAAACUAGUCCACAACCACGCUGGUACAUCCACAAAUAUAAGGAGAAAAAUGUUGGGAGGUAGAGAUUUACCUCUUUUUUUACAGAUGGACCAAACGUUUGAGGAAGCGUUCAUUUUUUCAGAUUGAUGCUGGUACGUUAAACUCUGGGAAUAAUCCACAUUGACUGGCCACAACACUGUGAUCAAAAAGCAAGGGUUAUUUUCCCUUUACUUCAAAUCAGCGGCUAAUUUUAGAUGUAUUUUUUUUACUUUUUAGAUGAUAAAUGUCCCCCUCUGAUUUUUUAAAAAUUUAUUUCACAAAAUUUUUUGAUAUUGAGAGUAAGAAUCUUCAUGUACAUGAGUUUAUUUGUAGGUUGAUGAGUAUGUUUUUAAGCCACCCAUGAGUGGUUGAAUCGUCAAGUAUGUGCUGUGACUGUUGAGCUUUGAUGGUAUAAGGGGGAGGGAGAGGAAAAGAGCAGACUUUAUGGUUGCAAGAAUGUACAGAAAUUUCCAGAGAUGUACAUACAGUAUGUGCAGACAGAUGUUAUUUUAGCAGGUUUGAUCAGGUGGAUGAAAGAGGAGUGAUUUGUAUGAUUCUUUAUGUCACUUGAAUGGCAAGUCAUGUCAGUUUACUCAGCUUUUUUUAUUUAAACAGGGACUUGAAAUCACAAAGAGGUUAUUUUGAUAUAUAAAAAACAUUUUUCUGUUGUUUAAAUGUUUUAAAAAUGACAUUUCAGCUGUGAAACUUAAGUCAGAUUUCUGUUAAAAAUAAGCAUAUUCUUUAAUUUGGUGCACCAUUCUGAUUGCUGUAAAACACUUACAUAUUUCCUUUCCCUUUUUUGCAAACGUCUGUGGUAUUUUUCCCCUCCUUUCAGUAAAAACCCAACAAUGCCUUCAGUGUCCUCAGUUCUGUGUCUUCUUGAGAUAAAGCAUCAUCCAAAGCCAACAACAGUAAAUCAGUCCCUUUCAUUUCUGUGACUAUGCAAAUUGGAAAAUCUCAAAUAGCGUUUUCCAAUGUCUAGCUGCCAUUAUUUCAACAUUUAAUUACGGUCUCCUUUUUUAAAUGGGUUACAUGUGCAGCAAGGUAAAGAGAACAGACAAAACAAACACGUUGCACUCACAGCAGUGAGAUUUUACCAGUGUAAAAGAAAAAUCCUAAAACCAGUUCUUAGAGGUACGUCUACAGCUUGUGCAGCAGUACUAAAUUUUUAAGAUGAAGAGGUUGUCGUUCAGUAAGCUUAACAAUGGGACAAAAAUGUGAACUUUAAUUUCCUUUCUCAUGAGAACUUUACAUGACUGUUCUUAAACAUUUGGACUUGUCAGGGGCUAAUAUUGAACUUUCUGAAAUGUGGUAACUAAUAUGAUUUUGUACAGAAAAAUAAAAGUUUUAAUUAAA